AUGGAAGAAGAUCUAAAAAACAGCUCUGAAACAAAGAAAAACAUAUUAAUUGGUGCUACAGGCUCAGUAGCAGCUGUAAGGACCAUCCCAAUUGCCCGUGGUUUUAUUGAAGCAGGCUACAAUGUAAAAAUUGCAGUUACUGAAAGUGCUAAAAAUUUCAUAUCUGAAGAGUCCCCAAUAUGUGAAGUUUAUGACGAACAAUCCCAUUGAAGCCAAUGAAAAAACAAUCAUCAAGUUUUGCAUAUAAAUUUACGGAAAUGGGCUGAUAUCUUACUAAUUGCUCCUCUAGAUGCAAAUACUCUUGCGAAGAUGGCAAAUGGGCUAUGUGACAAUUUAUUGGUAAAAAUAAUUUAGACCUGUGUGGUUAGAGCUUGGGAUUUUUUAAUUUUUUUUUAAAAAUAUAAAAAAUUAAUUUUUAAAAAAUAAUUUUUUUUUUUUAUCUAUGGGGAUUUAAGCAAGCCAAUGGUUUUGGCACCUGCUAUGAAUACUAUGAUGUGGGAAAAUCCGUUUACAAAUGAGCAUCUUAAUAAAGUUAGAGAAGUUUAUAAUGCUCAUAUAGUAGGGCCAAUAGCAAAAACUCUGGCAUGCCAAGAAACAGGGAUUGGUGCAAUUUCUGAUACACAAGAAAUUAUCAGGUGUUGCAUAAGUUUAUUAUCCAAUAAUUAUAUAUAGCAUGAUGUAUUAAUUUAUAAGGAAAAUAAUGUAUUAUAUUUAUAUAUUAUUUAAUAGAAUAUUAAGCUAUUUUAAUUAUAAUAUUAUAAUUCAAUAA